UUCAGCAUAAUAGAAGCUCUGAACAAUGUCCGCACACCCAGGAGAAACGUCAUCCGCACUGGCUGCGUCGACACGGAUGGCUGUCGUCACGAAAUGAACAUUAUUAACAGUCGAAUAGCUUAAGCGAAGUCGGCAUGAAGGCGGCAUACGCUGCGCGAUACCCCGUAACAUUUUGCUUUAUGAUGAACCCACAAUGCAGCAAGACAAAGGCUGCCUGUGCUAAUGUGCGAAAUAUCUGCACUGACGCCAUAGGCUUACGCAAGAUCGAUGUAAUAUUGCUUGCGCGCAAAGAAAAAAAAAGUGCUCAAUCAUUAGGCCUGGCAUGAAGAAGAGAAAGAAAAAAAAUUGAAUAUGAUUUAGGAAUAGGCUGGUUUUCGUUAUAUAAGGAAAUGUGCCCUUCGGGUUUCCUCACUCUCAUCAGGGGGAUUAGCCGACUGUUUGCGGACGCAUCAUUCCGAACACCACUGCGAUCAUGAGAGCGUUCGUCAUCGCUUGCCUUCUCUCCGCAGUUGUCCUUGGAAAUGCCCAAAAUCGGGCAGUAAACACAGCUAGUGGAGCUGCCUCAAGUGGUGCAGCAACAAGAGGUGAACUGACAGGGGCUCUGCGCGGUGGAAUUGAAUCUGUUGGUCCCAGUGGAGCUCCGGGUGUCACCAUCACUCUUGGAGGCGAUGUCGGCGGUGGUCUUGGAGGCCAGGGAGGAGGACAUCCUUCAGUCUCGAGUUCCAACUUCCAGCCAACUUAUGGCUUCAAUCCUGGUUAUGGAUUCCCCUCCGGCUACGGAUACUACCCACAAGGUUACGGUCACUACGGCUACAAUCCUUACGGGUACAAUCCUUACGGCUACAGUCCUUACGGCUACAACUACAGCCCCUAUGGCUACUACGGUUACGGCAACGGUUACAACAGCGGAUACGGUCAUGGAGUCUAUGGCUCCACCCACCGCUCGAAUAACCGCCACCAGUAAUUCCAACUGGACGGCGC